GAAAUGAAGAACCUGAGCCUCGUGACCACGUUCGUCCUCAUGGGCAUUCCCCACGCCCCCGCGCUGGACACCGCCCUCUUGGGGGUCUUCCUGCUGCUUUACAUACUCACGGUGGUGGGGAACCUCCUCAUCCUGCUGGUGAUCCGGGUGGAUUCCCACCUCCACACCCCCGUGUACUACUUCCUGGCCAACCUGUCCUUCAUCGACAUGUGGCUCUCCACUGUCACUGCGCCCACCAUGCUCAUGACCCUCGGCUCCCCAGGAGGCGGGGCCGUCUCCCUCGGCGGCUGCGCGGCGCAGCUCUAUUCCUUCCACUUCCUGGGGAGCACCGAGUGCUUCCUCUACACUGUCAUGGCCUAUGACCGCUACCUGGCCAUCAGCCACCCGCUCAGGCACUCGGGCCUGAUGAGCGCGAGAACGUGCGCCCGCCUGGCCGCCGGCACUUGGCUCAGCGGCGCCCUGCACUCCGGGGUCCAGACGGCCUUGACCUUCCGCUUGCCCUACUGCGGGCCCCACCGCAUCCAGCACUACUUCUGCGACGCGCCGCCCGUCCUCCAGCUGGCCUGUGCGGACACCUCAGCCAACGAGAUGCUGAUCUUUGUCAGCAUCGGGGUGGUGGCCUCGGGCUGCUUUCUGCUCAUAGCGCUGUCCUACGCGUGCAUUGGCUGCUGCAUCCUGCAGAUCCGCACCGCGGAGGGGAGACGCAGAGCCUUUCAGACCUGCACUUCCCACUGCAUCGUGGUCCUGUGUUUCUUUGGUCCUGGUGUUUUCAUUUACCUGAGGCCAGGCUCCAAGGAUGCUGUGGACCGGGUAGUGGCAGUUUUCUACACUGUACUGACACCUCUUCUGAACCCGCUUGUGUACACCCUGAGGAACAAGGAAGUGAAGAAAGCUCUGUUAAAGCUGAGAAGUGGGUUGUUUCCAUGGAGAUGUGACUCACCCAACUGUAGGUGAAACAUUCUGAUUGAACUAUUUUCAUGGAUGUGUGGACCCCACCCAUUCACAGUGGGUCUUACUUAAAUCACUGGAGUCCUAUAAUAGAGCUCACAGACAGAAGGAGCUCAGGCAGCUGUGAGAGACAUCUUGGAGAAAGCCAUUUUGAAACACAAC